AGCCUGACGCAGCCCCGCGGGCCCUCCUCCCGCUCUGCGGCGGCCGCGAGGAGUUUGGGGCGUGCGGGCGCCGGGGUGGGCGGGGGCGAGGAGGAGGAGGCGGCGGCGGCGGCGGCGAGAGGAGGCGGAGGAGCAGCAGGCGCCGCCAUGGCCGCCGCGCUCACCGACAUGGCCGACCUGGAGGAGCUCUCCCGCCUCAGCCCGCUGUCCCCCGGCAGCCCCGGGCCCGCGGCGCGCGGCCGGGCCGAGCCGCCGGAGGAAGAGGAGGAGGAGGAGGACGACGAGGCGGAGGCAGAGGCGGUGGCCGCGCUGCUGUUAAACGGCGGCGCGGGCGGCGGCGGCGGCGGGGGCGGCGCGGGGGGCGGCGAGGCGGAGACCAUGUCGGAGCCGAGCCCCGAGAGCGCCAGCCAGGCGGGCGGGGACGAGGACGAGGACGACGAGGACGAUGAGGACGGGGGCAGCAGCAGCGGCGGCGCCGAGGAGGAGAGCAGCGCCGAGAGCCUGGUGGGCAGCAGCAGCGGCGGCUGCAGCGGCGACGAGACGCGCUCGCUCAGCCCGGGCGCGGCGAGCAGCAGCAGCGGCGAUGGGGACGGGAAGGAGGGCCUGGAGGAGCCCAAGGGACCGAGGGGCGGCCCGGGCGGCCCGGGCAGCGGCGGCGGUAGUAGCAGCAGUAGCGUGGUGUCGAGCGGCGGCGACGAGGGCUACGGCACCGGGGGAGGUGGGAGCAGCGCGACCUCCGGGGGCCGGCGGGGCAGCCUGGAGAUGUCGUCCGACGGGGAGCCGCUGAGCCGCAUGGACUCGGAGGACAGCAUAAGCAGUACUCUAAUGGACAUAGACAGCACAAUUUCCAGUGGACGUUCAACUCCAGCUAUGAUGAAUGGACAAGGGAGCGCUACUGCUUCAAGCAAACACAUUGCCUAUAACUGUUGUUGGGACCAGUGCCAGGCGUGCUUCAACUCCAGCCCAGACCUGGCAGACCACAUUCGCUCCAUACAUGUAGAUGGUCAGCGUGGAGGGGUAUUCGUUUGCUUGUGGAAAGGUUGUAAGGUGUAUAACACCCCAUCAACCAGUCAGAGUUGGUUACAGCGGCACAUGCUGACACACAGUGGAGACAAACCUUUCAAGUGUGUAGUUGGUGGCUGCAAUGCCAGCUUUGCUUCUCAGGGAGGGCUAGCUCGACAUGUACCCACACACUUCAGUCAGCAGAAUUCCUCAAAAGUUUCUAGCCAGCCCAAGGCCAAAGAAGAAUCUCCUUCUAAAGCUGGAAUGAACAAGAGGAGGAAACUGAAGAACAAGAGACGGCGCUCAUUGCCGCGGCCACAUGAUUUCUUCGAUGCACAGACACUGGACGCCAUAAGACACCGAGCCAUAUGCUUUAACCUCUCUGCUCACAUUGAAAGUUUAGGGAAGGGACACAGUGUUGUUUUUAAUAGUACUGUAAUAGCUAAGAGAAAGGAGGAAUCUGGAAAGAUCAAGCUUUUGCUUCAUUGGAUACCCGAAGACAUUCUGCCAGAUGUAUGGGUGAAUGAAAAUGAACGACAUCAGUUCAGAACUCAAGUAGUUCAUUUAUCAAAGCUACCCAAAGAUACUGCCUUGCUGUUGGACCCAAACAUUUACAGAACAAUGCCGCAGAAGAGGUUGAAGAGAACUCUGAUAAGAAAAAUGUUCAAUUUGUAUUUAAGCAAACAGUGAACGACAUUUGCAAUCAACUAAAAAUUCGUCUAUCGAAUUAGGUGUGAGAAUCACUGUUAAAGAGUGGUGCCGUAUGUCUGGUGGCUCCCCUUUCAGGACUAGGGUCUCUCGUGGGGUACAGCGUGUUAAUAUUUACUUACAUAACUCUUGUCAAUGGUUUUUGAAAAACCUCAGUUUCAAAUUAUUUCAAUAAUCUCCAUAUUUUCAUUUAACCAGACUUUUAAAUUUUUUUUCCUGAGAAAAGUGAUUUUUUUUGAGUUUUUUUUUAAUGUUAAGAAAUUGUAUUUUUUUUUAAAUAUCUUCAAACUGAAUCUUUUAUGCACCAAAGUUGGUUUUGAAAAGGAAAAUAAAAUCACUUUCUUGCUUGGCAGGCAAGAAGCCAUAUGGAAUUUUUUUAACUUUUACAGAAAUGUGUAACUUGUCAGUACUGUAUCAAACAAAUGUUGCAUAGAGAUAAUAGAGCAUUGCUUGUAAAUAAUUCAGCAGAUUUGUAAUAUAUUUUUCUAUUAUGAAAUGUACUGUAGAUGUUUUCUAGAGGCAUGAAAGUCAAUGUAUAUAUUAUGGUAGAAAUAAUAUUGAAGGAAAUUGUAACUCACUAGUGCUGCCAGAGGGAUUGCUAACAAAGCACCUUUAACGAGAGAUGUCUGCAGACUGAAGGGACUGUGUACUACUGUUAAUGAACAAAGCAUGGGCAUCCUUCCAGAAGGUCUUUGAGGGAGGACCUAGACCCAUAGAGAAGUUUAUGGCACUCCCCCUGACAGUGACUGCAGUAGUUGUUCCUUCCUGUUGGGAGCCUGUUCUGUAAAGCACGCGCUGUGCAGUCAGACUGCAGCAAGCACGCCUCACCCGGAGUUCUCACUCCCUACACUGACAGGAUGACCAGCAGUUUUACUCUAGAUUUUUAAAAGAAUAGACAAAUAUAAAUAAUCCUUUGGUUCCAAAAUGGGAAAGGUUCCAUGAUGCAUAGAUCAUUUCUCAUUUGCUUAAAAAUGAAAGACCACAUGCACACAAGGCCCCAAAAGAAUGAGGGGCUUUAACGGGGUGAGGAGAUAGACAUGGAGCGGUCAUGGAGCCUGAGGGACAAGGGAAAGCACUGUGGAUGAGCACGCUCUGGAAUGGUCCUCUAAGAUGCUCUGUAGCAAACAGGAGUCUAUUUUCAGAAGAAGAAAAGCAGUGUGUUUUUACUAUUUUUUUCGUUUUGCUUAAGCACUUCAUCAUUUGUUUUGUUCUGUAUCUGAAGUACUCUGCAAUCUCCUGUUCCUUUAAAAUUCGGUUUGUUAAAAUAUUGCCAAAUAGAGCUUUUGAGACAUAUAGUUUGUACCUGUAUUUUUAUUUUACUGUCUCAUGUCCUUGUAAGUCAUUCUUAAUUGACCAAUGAUUGUAGACCUUGCUUGAGUAUUUUUUCUAAUAAAACAAAAGCAAAUUUCACUUAGCUUCAAAUUGUAACAGUUCAAUUUAAUUUUAAGAUGACAUCUGGAAAUAGACAUCCAACAUUUUCUUUAGGUGCAUAGAGAUCAAAUACUUUACUAUCAAUGUAGAACAUUUUUGAUGUCACACUAUAAUGCUGGUUAUUGAUUAGCCCGAGCACCCAGGUGUUCACGGUCCCCUUGCUUCAUUACUUGGGCUUGACACUUGUUAGCAUGCCAAAAAGAAUAGUAGGUUACUUUUGUAACUUGUGUGUGUGCACAUCCAUAGAUACAUUUGAAUGUGAUUGGAAAGUCUGAAACAUCCACUCAUAUUCUCACCCAGCUCUGAUCUUCCUGUGCCUGUCUAUAUAUGAUGUUUAUGGUAGAUCUGGGUUGAUUUUGUCCCAAAUCCAUGUCUGGCCCAGCACUGGACAGUGCAGCCCGUAAGCACAGCUCUCAUUUUCCUAUCUGCUACUUGUCUUUUCCCUGCAGUGGCCCAUUGGAGUAGUGAGACUUUAGGGGCCUGUGUGUCUGCUCUGUACAUAAGUGCUUAGUCACCUAUAUAGCUGGUAACAUUUGGAGCAAUGAACACACAGUUUGCCCUCAGGGUGGCCCUUGUUGAUAUGGUAGUGUUCACGGGGCUAGCUCUCCAAGAGGACUGUUUAAUACACUUUACAGGAAGCGCUGCCACAGGCACCGAAGCACAUGGCAUUUGGGUGGUACUUUUCAUGUUGAAUUUCUUAAUAUUGUUGAGGAUCUACCAUUUUACCAUGAGUGUUUUGUCUUACAGGGAUUGAAUGAGAAUCUGGAAGUCAGAUUCUGCGUUCCAACCACAAGUAACAUUUGUUCUAUCUAAAAAGAAUCUUGAAGUAGUAAAUAUUGUAAAAAUUUUAAAUUCUUUAUUUUUCUAGUAAACCUGUUCAUAUAUUAAUGUGGUUGCACAUUAAUUCUGAAUUUCAGAUGAAAAGAAAAUAAAGUGGACAAUACUUAACCCUCAAGUAUUUUCACAUGUGUGUAACUCAUUGAACAUAUAAAGCCGGGUGUGCUGACUAAAGCCCUGCAUUUGGGAGGACGAAGCAAGAGGAUUUCCAAGAGUCCAAGGCCUGAGUGAGAUCCUGAUUCAAACAAAUCAAAAAGGAAAGAAGAAAUACUGAUAACUAGAAUUUUUUCGCUGUCACAUAUUAAUGAAGUAGGUGCCAUUGAGGUGGCUCAGCAGUGAAGGUGUUUUGGUAGCAGACAUGGCCUGAGUUCUGAGGACAGAACAGACCAUAGAAUUGUCUUCCCCAACAAGUAAAUAUGCAAAUAAUCUUGAAAAGGUACAAUGUGGCCAUAGUUAAAAACAUGUAUGUUCUGUUGUUGUUUGCAUUGAACUGUUUUCUUAAUGUGUGGCUAACAAGAGAUAAUAUUGACUGAAUAUCAAAAUGGGUAAAUGUGGUUGAAGCAGUGUAAAUAGUCACAGCUUUACUUUUUAAAUUUUUAUAAUACUCCUGUAUAAAUCCUAAAGGUAAACCGAAUUUUAGCCUAUGUGGCUUUCCAGUAGAAAGCCCGACACGUCACUGUGUCUGACAAAGCCUCAGGUCGCAGAGAUACAAACAUGUAGUUUAUUUGUAAAGAAAAAUUCAAAUUGUAUAUUAUUUGGGAGUUCCUUUUUUUUAAAAAAAAAGCAGAGUGGCACUUUGUGAGGUUUUAAUUUAAGAUAUUUUUCUAUUCUAUUUCACAAAGGUUAAAUUUUGUGUAUAAAUAUUUUUUUUAAAUUGGUCAAAAAUCUUAUGACCUGGUGUAGGGCAUUUUGCAAUUCUAACACUAUAGCUUUAAUAUAAAUAACGUUUGUGGAGGUUUUCUUUGUAAUAAAGGUGAGAAUCUUUCAUAAUUCUAUUUCCUUUAGAGCCUCAAUAACCUUAAUGUAGGCAUGAAAUGUUGUAUUCUGAUUUUUAUAUAUUGUUAAAAUUUAAAAACAAAACAGCUUGGUUUCUUUCCCAGUUAAGUUUGUACAGUGUCACACAGGGCUCUGUUAAUCUGCAAAAAGAGUGUAAACAGCUUAGAGCAGGUUUUCUCUAGGUCAGUAGUAUUUCAACUAGACCAAGUUGCAUCUCAGUGUGAGCUAGAUGAUGUCUGUUGUCCUCACUGAUGUCUCUCACAGCCUGCCAGGAUUAUACUCUACACAAAGUAGGUCUUGUUAGUAAGGUUCUGUGGGGAAGUGCAGAGCAGAGGACACUGUAAGGUUGAGGUAAGCAAGCAUUGAUGCCUGCCUUUACAUAAAGACAGAAUAAAGGGGCCUGUGCGUGGAUAGCUAAACAUCCUUGGUGCGAAGGAUUGUUGAUGUUAUAUUUCAUAAUCUCAGUUGUAUUUACUUAAUCUCUAAUUAAAAAUAGCUUGUUUUUGGUAGAACCCUUUUAAGAACAGUAAGACCAAUAAAAUGCUGUGAAUGGC